AUGUGGCAUUCAUGCUGGAGAUGUUCAGCCAUCAUUUAUUUUAUAAGGUAUUAUUGAAUCUUUAAAAAGUUAUUACUAAACUGGCCAAUAUUUAUUUGAAAACUAUGCUUUCUUAAUCAUGACAAUGUUAAAUUGUGAUAGAGUUUAUUGUGGACAUUAUAGAUUAGAUUCUUUAUCAAAUGAUGAAAAUAGAAUUUACAAUAGAUUUAUGAAAUUUCCAAAAUUUAAUGGUCCUAUUGUUGUUUUAAAAAUAUUUAAAAACCACAAAGUAGCAUUCUAUAUUGAAAUUUGUUCUCAGUUUGCUAAAUAAUCGCUUUAUUUAUACAAAUUGACACUCUAACACAUCAAUUCAUCAUGCUAUUUUAGUAUAUUAUUAGGAUAUUUGUAGGAAUUUCAGAAAUAAAUAACACCAAAAGUUCACCAUUUUCGAAAAAAGUACCUAUGUUCACUUAAAUUAAUUAUCAACAAAAUUAAUAUGGAGUUGAAGGAAAAAGAAGAAAAUAUUUAAAAAGCAUUAGAAAGUAAAAUUCAAUAUGCAAAAGAGAAUUUAGUACCUCAAGCUAUGACUGUCCAUUACACAUAUUCGAUUAAUCCAUAUUUGACAGGAGUUGCAAAAACUCAUGUUUACUUAACAAAAUAAAGUUAUGUUUAGUUAUACAAUAGAAGUUAACUAUAGAUAAUUAGGUCUUUAAAUAUGAAACAUUGAUUUUAUUAAUUUAAGCAAAGAUAUAAUUGAAUCACUUUACUCAGCCAACCAAAAUUAAGAUUUUAUCUAAAUAAAAUCACAAUUAGACUCAAAUAUAUUUAACUGACAAAACCUUUCUAAUUAAAUAUAAAUAAAAUUUAAUUAAUGAAAAGAAUCCUAAUUUGCUUGCUUUUCAUAUCUUUAAUAUCUGGUAGGGCUGUCAAUCACCUUGUUGAUGAGAAAAAGCCUGUAGAUUCAACAAAAAAAGCUGAUGACAAGAAAGAAGAACCAAAAAAAGAGGAGCCAAAGAAGGAAGAACCUAAAAAAGCUGAUGACAAGAAAGAAGAACCAAAAAAGGAAGAGCCUAAGAAGGAAGAGCCUAAAAAAGCUGAUGGCAAGAAAGAAGAACCAAAAAAGGAAGAGCCAAAGAAGGAAGAGCCUAAAAAGGCAGAUGACAAGAAAGAAGAACCAAAAAAAGAGGAGCCAAAGAAGGAUGAGCCUAAAAAAGCUGAUGAUAAGAAAGAAGAACCAAAAAAGGAAGAGCCAAAGAAGGAUGAGCCUAAAAAAGCAGAUGAUAAGAAAGAAGAACCAAAAAAGGAAGAGCCUAAAAAAGAAGAAAAAAAAGAUGAGAAAAAGGACGAAAAGAAAGAUGAGAAGAAAGACGAGAAGAAAGAUGAAAAGAAGGACGAGAAAAAAGACGAGAAGAAAGAUGAAAAGAAAGAUGAGAAAAAAGAUGAAAAGAAAGAUGAAAAGAAAGAUGAAAAGAAAGACGAGAAGAAAGAUGAGAAAAAAGACGAGAAAAAAGAUGAAAAGAAGGACGAGAAAAAAGAUGAGAAGAAAGAUGAAAAGAAAGAUGAGAAAAAAGAUGAAAAGAAAGAUGAAAAGAAGGAUGAGAAGAAAGACGAGAAGAAAGACGAGAAGAAAGAUGAGAAGAAAGACGAGAAAAAAGACGAGAAGAAAGAUGAGAAGAAAGACGAGAAAAAAGAUGAAAAGAAGGAUGAGAAGAAAGACGAGAAAAAAGAUGAAAAGAAGGAUGAAAAGAAAAAGGAUGAACCUAAAUAGAGCCCUGAAGAAAAGAAGUUUAGAUCAUGCAUUGAAGAUAAAUGUGGAUCAUAAGCUAAAGCAUGUGACAAACAAUGCAAUUCAAAAUUAGAAUAAUGCAAGAAUGUAGUUUAUGUUGCUGGAUACUAAGCUGUAAGACUAUUAAAAUAAUUUUUUAGUAUUUGGAUUGCAUCAAUGAAAGUAAGCCUGCAGUUGCCCUACUUGAGUGUGUUUAAUCUAAAUGCUUGGAGUGAA